UCUGGACAGGAAGACUGGACUCAAAUCGUGUCUUAAUAUUUGCAGUCUUUUUUGUUUCCAUGAAGAUGAGCAGUGAGGGAACAUCCUUGCAUCCCCUGAAAGAAGCAAUGAAAAGGUCACUAAGAAGUAGUGGGGGGUAGGAAAAAAACUUCAGACCUUGGAGACACAGUUUGAAAAACUAGACUCUGCCAUGGAAAAUCUGACUCAAAAGUUUGAAUUUCAUAGAAAGACUCUGGAAAGCCAAGCAGUCCAAGAUGAAAUGUGGACAGCAGUUCUGGAGAUCAAGUUCACUUCUUUGGAAUUAAAUGUAUUCUACAGCUACAUCACUGAAACACUUCACUACCUACACUCUCAGGUGCUUGAGAAGCUUCCAGAUCUGAAGAGAGGACUUCCCACUCUGGCCACUGUUCUUAAGAGAAAAAACAAUAACAAGCAUAUUAAAAUUGCAUGGGAGACAGUUUUAGAGGCAUUAGGACUUCAGGAAGAAGAUGUCAAAGCCUUCUGUACUUUCUUUAUCGCACAUAGCAGCAAAGCAGAAUACUAUUCAGCUAAUCUGAGGAAGACAUACAUUCCUGACACCACUCUCAUAAUAACCAACAUAGUGAAAAACCAGGUUUUGCAGACAAGUUUGCUACAUGCAGUUCAGGUGAUAGAGAAGAAGAAAACUGAAAAAUCUUAAAAAAGAACAAAGGGAAAUCUUCAAAAUGGUGACAUUCUCUAUCCAAAGCUAAUUCACGUUUGUGGUGAGAAAUUGUAAAUAUUUAUGUUCAUAUAUGCAAUUCUCUGAAUAUCCUGAUUUGUUCCCAUUGCAAAAAGGGACUCUUCAUUCAGUCAUCAUAGAAUUUCAAUAGCAUCAUAGUAAGUGAUGUGGGAGAUAUAAAGAAGUAUAUAGAACACAUAGUCUUGUCCUUCAAAGCUUACAGUACAGUUGGGGAUACAUAUGUAAAUACAUAAAGAGUUAAAUUAUCAAGUUAAGUUGCUGUUGGCUCUUGAAUCUUAUUUCAGUUAUAACCUAUUUCUCACACAGAAUAACAUAAAAAUUAAGACUUCCAAAAAUGUAGCUAAGAAAUUUCAUUAUCCUAUAUGACUUAGCUUAAUCAUAGUUGUAGUAGAGAAUACUAUAGAUUUACAAUAUAACUGAACCUUCCACAGUCCACAGUCCUCUUAAGUUCUAAUUUCCUGUGAGACACACCAACACCAUCCCAGACAGUCCUUCUGUCUCUUUCCCAAAGAUCCUUGCCCAUAGACUCUUUGAUAAUAAUAAUACUUUUCAUAGUCCCUGCUCCUUUCAUUCCAACUUUCCUUUAUCUCUUACUAGUAACUAUAAUUCUUUAUCAUCUUUUCCUCCUUCCUCUUUCUCAUUCUACCCUAGUUCUCAAAUAACCAGUUUACAAUGCUAAUAACUAUUACUAAGCAAGGUUUAGAGAGGGAGUAAGAGAACAGCCAUCUCAGAGUCCAUUAAACUACCAAAUAUGUAUCCCUGGGUUUCAGCUAUUUCUUGUCCAGUCCUACCUUGCUCUCCAGUUUAAUCUUUUGACUAUAAUAAUAUUGUAUCAAACAAAUGCCACAGGUAGCAAAUGCCAAAUGUAGUAGAUGCUCAUCAGUUGGGGAAUGGCUGGAUAGUAUGGUAUAUGAAUGUAAUAGAAUAUGAUGGGUAGAAUGAUUUCAGAAAAACCUGGAAAUACUUACGUGAACUGAUGCUAAGUGAAGUGAGCAGACCCAAGAGAACAUUGUACACAGCAAUAAGAUCAUGUGAUGAUCAACAGGGAUGGACUUGGCUCUUUUCAACAAUGAGGUGACUCAAAACAGUUCCAACAGACUUGUAAUGGAAAGUGCCCUCCCAAAUGCCAAAUGACAUGACACAGGAUUAGAGGAAUUUGAAGGAGGAAAGACAAUAGCUCACCACAAGUCAAAGUAGUCAGGAAAGGUUUCAAUAGAAAAAGGAUGAAUGGAAUGGAAGGUGUCAAGGCAAAGGAGUUUGGACAUCUUCUAUAGGUAAUAAGACUCCCUGAAAGUUUUUAAAUAUAGGUAGGUAGUAUGCUCAUUCCCAAAUUGAAAGAUAAAACAAGAGAAUUUUCCAUAGCAAUACUGUGAUUGUCAUUUCUAAAUCUAUAUCUAGUCUUACAGUAUCAUGAAAAUAUACUAAGCCCUUCUCCUUCCCUCUUUUAGAAAUAUUAGAAAUAAUAUGUCAGUUUCAAAUCCUUUUGGAGUCAUUAAAAUGAAAUGUCUUACUUGUACUUGAUCAAAGAGAAACUGAUGGAAUACUCUGGAACCCUUAAUUUUUUUAUGCUUAUUGGAAAAUGGGCUAAUUAUCCUGCCCAAUUUUUUUAAAAUAUUAUUUUAUUUUUCUAAAUACAUGCAAAGAGUUUUCAAUAUUCACCCUUGCAAAACCUAGAGUUCCAAAUUUUUCUCCUCUCUUUUCCACUCCCUCCCCUCCUCGAGAUAGCAAGCAAUCUGAUAUAGGUUAAUUAUGAGCAAUUCUUCUAAACAUAUUUCCACAUUCAUCAUGCUGCACAAGAAAAAUCAUAUCAAAAAGGGAAAAAACAGGAAAAAAGAAAAAAAAACAAGCAAACAAUAACAAAAAAGGUGAAAAUACUACACUUUGGUCCACAUUCAGUAUCCAUAGUUCUCUCUCUGGAUGUGGAUGGCAUUUUCCAUUACAAGUCUGUCAGAACUGCCUUGAAUCACCUCAUUGUUGAAAAGAGUCAAGUCCAUCCCUGUUGAUUAUCACAUAAUCUUGUUGCUGUAUAUAAUGUUUUCUUGGUUCUGCUCACUUUACUUAGCAUCAGUUCAUGUAAGUAUUUCCAGGCUUUUCUGAAAUCAGUUUGCUCAUCAUUUCUUAUAGAACAUAAUAUUCCAUUACAUUCAUAUACCAUAAUAUUUAUCCAUCCCCCUACUGAUGAGCAUCCAUUUCCAAUUCCUUGACACUACAAAAAGAGUGAAGCUCUUAAUUUCUAUCUUACUAAAGACAUAAUAGUGUCUUAUAAUAGAAGACAAUUAAGUUCAGGUAAUAAUCCAUCUAAAACUAAAGAAAUUUUUGACUUGAAUAUGGUGACCAAAGUGACCAAGUACACCUUUAUUUAAAAGGUAAAAUCAAGAUGGUAGAAUGAGAAGAAACAUUUUUUACUAGCUUACCUAAUAUACCUCAUCUAUAACAACUUAGAGAAUUAGACUAAAUUCUAAUCAGAAAAUCAAGAAAAAGUCACAAUGAAUCACUUUUCCAACCGAGGUCAGCUCAGGGAGACAAGCAGAGAAGUCUGACAACAUUGGGGUAGGGCUGGCCAGGAGUAUAUGCUGCAAGAGGGAGCAUUUCAGCACUCAAAGAUGGAAAAAGGGCUAAGACAGAGGACCAGGACAGGAAGCACUGGAAUAGAAAAAGAUCCUAGGAGAUCUUGAAUUAGUACUUGAUGCAAGAAUGGAGGCCUCUGGCAACUUUGUUGACCAUUAUUCAGAUGCAGAUCAUAGAUCCAGAGCAGGGGAGUGUCUAGAUAAAAAUAGAAGCCUUUUCACCUGAAAUGGAAGUUGGGUGAGACGUUAACACAGAUAUUCUCCCCACUACCUUUAGAGAUAGAGACCAAAGAAAGAAUUCAGAUUCUUCCUGGAAGAACACUGCCUGAACAGCUCAAAACCCAGAUUGGUUCUUAAUGCCCCGAAAAGGUUGGGGUCCAGUUUGAUCGCCAAAUUAUCUAGCUUCCGGUGUUUGUUUCAUCAGGGAACCAAAUGUUGAGGUCUAGCUUUGGGGUACCUAAAUGAAAUUAGGAUUAAGGUCUAGUGGCAGGUUUGGGGUACAGAUUCCGCGCAAGGGGGUCUAGUAGCGGUGCGAGUUCCCAAUAAAAGCAUUUAUUGGCCCAGAGAGCUAGAUUGAUAAAAGAGGUUUAUUAGUAGAUAAGCAAAGUUAAAGUAUAGGCGAAGGUAGAGAUAAGGAGGGCACUGGACAGGGGGUCCAGUGGACAGAGGGUCCUCACAUGGUAGCCAUGUUUGGAAUCUCUGCAAAGAGGGGUUCCCAGCGUGGCCUUUUUAUAAUAGGAGACUUAGCUCGAGGGGCUUUUAGGUGUAGCCCCAAAGUUGAUUCAGAUCCUGGUGGGGCUGGGACAGGUCCGGAUCUUCUAUUGGAAUUCAAAGGGACCAGGAUUUGUGAGUUAAAGGGCAAUUUACAUUAUUAACUAGGAGAGAGUGGGAAUCUAGAAAGGAAUCUUUCCCGCAUCAGAACAACUUCAGGAAAUGCAGCUGUGUAGCUUUGAGCCAAGAAACUGAGCAACAACUCAGUUCCAGCAUUAGUCAAACACAUAAGCCUUCAGUGAGAUAAUGAGGACUAGAGAUCUAAACCAAAGGGAAGUCAGCAGUUUAGUUGCUUUGAAGCUGUAAAAGUUCUUGGUAGACAAAUAGUGACUGAGUCCAGUGGUAAUCUACAGAAACUCAGUCACACACAAGCCAACAGACCCAACCCAAUCAGAAGCUAAUAGAGCUAAGAUUAGGAAGCAAUGAACAGACUUUAACUCAGAUCAUACCACUUUGGGAGCAUUAAAAACUUGCAGGCCCUCAUCCUGAAUUGUGAAAAUAGGAGAACAUAAAAAGGCAGAAGCUUAGGCCAGACAUGCUCUCACACCCAGAAUUACCUAGAGCUCAGCAUUAACAUAAAAUCCAAAAUCAAGAAGUAAACUGGAAAAAUGAACAAAUGAAAAAAGAAUUGGAGAUUCUAUGAGGCUAUGAGAGUGAUAGGGAAGCUCAAGACACAAACACAAAAGCAGACAAUGACUUGAAAGCACCUGUAAGCAAAACCCCGCCAAAGAAAAAUGCUGAUUUGAACAUAAGCCAACAAGAAUUCCUAGAAAAGUUAGAGUAUUGUGGGGUUUUUUUUAAAGAUCAAAAAAAAGAUGUUUUUUUUUUAAACCCUAACUAUUAAAAAAAAAAAAAAAAAACAAUGAGAAUAGUAGAGGAAAAAAAUGAGAAAAGAUAGCUUGGUAAAAGAUAUAGAAAACCUUGCUGAAAGAAGAUAACUAUUUGAAAAUUGGUAUUGGCCAAACAGAAGCUAAUGUGUCCAUGAGGCAUUAAGAAACAAUAAAACAAAGUCAAGGAAGUUAUAAAAAGAGAAUUAGCAGCUUGGUAAGACAGAAAACCUUGCUGAAAGAAAAUGACUUCAUAUGAGACAUCAGGAAAAAUAAAACAAAAUCAAAUAAAUGAAAAAAUAGAAGAUCUAGGAUUAUAAUUAAGAAAAACCUACCCAAUAACACUGAAUAUUAUAUUAGAAAGGAGAAAUGGAUUUCUAAUGAAAUAGAGGACUUUUAAGAGUUCCUGAUACUGUCAAUAAAAAGUUAUUAAAAAAAAAAAAA